AUCGUCUGCCUGCAAAGGAGCGUUCUGGAUCUCUGCCCAGUGUCAUCGUGAAGAGGCUCUGUCUUUACUUCUUACAAACCGUCUACUCGCACCAUUUUCUACCUGUCCUUCGCUCGCCUAGCACCCGUCUUGUUUUCAGGCUUGCCUGAUCUCAACUACCCCGCCGUUGUCAUCGCGACCUGUCCAGACUCCGCGCAGUCGACUGCACGCCCUCUAGACCAUCGACCGUGUCUUGCACUAUUGGAUACAAUAAGACUGCCAUCAUGUCGUCAGAACAACCCACUGCCGCUCCUUCUGGGAGUUCUCUCGCCGACCGCAUUACGAAGCCUGACGACAGCAAGCCCUCCGAGACAGCGCAGCCGGACUCGAAAAAUGAGCAGACUGAUACCGACGGCGCACCCGUCACGCUCAACGGCUCUGACCUCCAGGAGCCCGAAUAUUCGGUUGAAGUGAAGCUCAGUGAUCUUCAGGCCGAUCCGAAUAACCCUCUGUUUUCCAUCAAGACUUUUGAGGAGCUUGGACUACACGCCGAUAUUCUGCAAGGUCUCGCCAAUAUGAACUUCCGUAAACCUUCGAAGAUCCAGGAGAGAGCCCUGCCGCUACUGCUAAGCAACCCUCCCAAGAACCUGGUCGGCCAAUCCCAGUCCGGAACCGGCAAGACCGCCGCCUUUACCCUCAACGUUCUGAGCCGCCUCGAUCUCAGCUCGGAGCAGAUGCAGAAGACCCCCCAGGCAUUGAUUCUGGCCCCGACUCGCGAGCUUGCCAGGCAGAUCGUUGGUGUUAUCCAGGUGAUGGGCCAGUUUCUUAGUGGCCUGAUCAUCGGCACCGCAGUUCCCGCAGACACCGGCAGUCGCCCUGUGAGAAUGGAGUGCUCGGUGGUUGUAGGAACCCCUGGUACCGUCAUGGACAUGAUCAAGAAGCGGGUCAUGGUCGCGAAUCGCCUCAAGGUGCUUGUCUUGGACGAGGCAGACAACAUGCUGGACCAGCAGGGAUUGGGCGACCAGUGCAUUCGUGUCAAGAGUCUCCUGCCCAAGGACAUCCAAGUCGUCCUCUUCUCCGCCACAUUCCCGGCCCACGUUCACCGCUACGCGUCCAAGUUUGCACCCAAUGCCAACGAGAUCACCCUGAAGCAUGAGGAGUUGACUGUGGAUGGCAUCAAGCAGCUGUACCUUGACUGUUCGAACGACGAGGACAAAUACAAGACCCUUGUCCAGCUGUACGGUCUCCUCACUGUGGGAUCUUCCAUCAUUUUCGUCAAGACCCGUAACUCCGCUUCCGAAAUCGAGAAGCGGAUGAUUGCCGAAGGCCACACGGUCGCCUCCCUGACGGGUGGUAUCGAAGGAUCCCAACGUGACGAGGUUAUCGAUCGAUUCCGGUCUGGCGAAGCCAAGGUUUUGAUCACGACCAACGUGCUUGCCCGUGGUAUUGAUGUUUCGACCGUGUCUAUGGUCAUUAACUACGAUAUCCCCGAGAUCCACCAGCCCGGCCGCCCACGCCAGGCAGACUUCCAGACUUACCUGCACCGAAUCGGACGUACCGGACGAUUCGGACGUGUGGGGGUUGCGAUUGCGUUUGUGUCGAACCAGGACGAAUGGAUGAUGCUGAACCAGAUCCAGCAGUACUUCCAGACGGAGAUCCAGCGGGUGGACACCAAGGACUGGGACGAGGUGGAGGACAUAAUCAAGAAGACGAUCAAGAGCCACCGCGGACAGGCCAACUUUGCGCAGCAGCAGUAGGCGCGCGAUGGCCGUGAGAUCAUUGGGGACGCGUUGGAAAAGUCAGAAUUACGAAAUAGAUACCAUUACGAAUUAAUCGUCACA